CGAUUUGUUAACGUUAACAAUGACAUCGGAUGCUGCAGAUUUCAAACAUCUCAACCCCCCAUCAGAUGAGAUGGACUUUGCUUGGGACAAACCUCCCCCCUAUGAGCUACACUCCUCCAGUACUCUCCUCAAUAGCUCGUGUAUAGUGCAAGCUGAUGGGACGCUGAAUAUCGACCUUGCCUCCUCAGCCCCAUCUGAACUUGAACAGUCGCUUCCUAUACACCCACCAACAGGACUCGAACCAGACGUGAAAAUCCCUAGACGGUGUCCGCGAUUGAGCAUUAUCGUGCAGGUGGUGGGCAGUAGAGGAGAUGUGCAGCCAUUUAUCGCCCUAGGAACCGCUCUUCAACAAUAUGGGCAUCGUGUACGGUUGGCAACUCAUGACGUAUUCGCAGAUUUCGUGCGAAAGUCGGGUUUAGAAUUUUAUCCUAUUGGCGGCGACCCGGAGGAGUUGAUGUCUUAUAUGGUGCGCAAUCCUGGCCUACUUCCAUCUCUCAAUUCUUUGAAAGGAGGCGACAUUUCACGAAAGCGGCGCAUGAUUCACGAGAUGUUGCAAGGUUGCUGGAACUCUUGCGUCCUCCCAGACCUGGUGUCACAUGAACCUUUCGUUGCAAACGCAAUCAUUGCGAAUCCACCAUCUUUCGCACAUGUACAUUGUGCGCAGGCUUUAGGAAUUCCUGUCCAUAUGAUGUUCACGAUGCCCUGGACGGCGACGCGUGCAUUUCCACACCCGCUCACAAACGUGAAAGCGAGGGAUAUACAGCAGUCGCAAGCGAAUUAUCUUAGCUAUGGCCUCGUCAAUAUGAUGACUUGGCAGGGGCUGGGUGAUGUUAUCAACCUUUGGCGAACCAAGGACCUUGGAUUAGAGCCCGUUCAUCCGAGCAUGGGUCCCGAUCUUGUUGACUGGUUGAGGUUACCUGUCACCUACUGCUGGUCGCCAGCACUAGUUCCAAAACCUCAAGACUGGGGUUCAAAUAUUGAUAUCUGUGGGUUUUUCAUGCGGGAAGAAACUGUAUACACACCGCCUGAAGAGCUUUCGAGAUUUCUGCGUGCGGGCGCCGUCCCUCUGUACGUUGGAUUCGGUAGCAUAGUUCUGGAGAAUGCGAAGAGAACAACCGAAAUCAUCCUUGAAGCUUGUAGGAAAGCCGAUGUGCGGGUCGUUAUUUCGAGGGGAUGGAGCAAAUUAGGGGGAAAUGAUCCGAAUACAGAAAAUGUCUUCUACUUAGGAGACUGCCCUCAUGAGUGGCUUUUCAAGCAGGUCUCUGCUGUCGUACAUCAUGGCGGAGCAGGUACGACAGCCUGCGGCCUAUACAACGCUCGGCCGACAGUCAUAGUACCUUUUUUUGGCGAUCAACCCUUUUGGGGCAACGUCGUUGCCAGCAAUGGCGCUGGACCAGCCCCAAUACCACACAAGUCUAUGAGCAGCCAGAACUUGGCAGACGCAAUCGAGUUCUGCCUAUCAUCUGAAGCUCAGCGGGCUGCUCGAGCCGUCGCAGAUCAUAUGCGCUGCGAGAAUGGGGUUGAUAUGGCUGUGCGGUCAUUUCAUCGUCAUGUCAACUCCUCGACCAUGAGCUGUGACAUGUCACCUCAAGAUGCCGCAGACUGGGUUUGCCGUUCACCAGAAUCAGGAUUAGAUAUGAAACUAUCACACGCUGCCUUGAGAAAUUUAACCUCUAGUGGACAACUGAAGCUUGCAAAUGCAAUUCCGUAUCGGCCAAAGGAGUACAGCAUGGAACUUGAAAGGUGGGACCCAUUGACCGCAGGUGCAUCAGCUUCCCUUGGCAUUGUGACUGAUUUCACGUCCGCACUCGGAGGUACCUUCGUCAAUCCUUUUAAGAAAGUUAGGCAAGCUCGACUUGCGGGUAGUGGUGGUGCGUCAUCUAGCUUAGCAGCAGCUGGUGCUGUGGGCCAAGGCGUCGCAGCGAUGGCAUCUAGCGUAGGCAAAGGCGCCUUUGUUAGCAUGCCUUUGGCACUUGCAGAGGGGUUUAGGUAUGCCCCAAAGCUUUAUGGCGAUGAUGUCAAAGAUCACGGUAAAGUAAAGGACUGGAAGAGUGGAGGGAUUGUUGCUGCGAAGAAUUUUGGAACCGGUUUCUACGAGGGACUUACGGAUAUUGUUACAAAGCCUCGGGAUGGUGCAAAGAAGGAAGGUGCCCUUGGGUUUAUGAAAGGUGUAGGCAAAGGUUCGUUGAAUAUGGUAACAAAACCUGGAAGCGCAAUGUUUGGAUUGAUGGCAUACCCUGCACAAGGAAUCUACAAGAGCAUAAAGAGUUGCAACAAGAACACUGUCCCAGACAAAAUUUGGGCUGAGAAAAUUGCAUGUUUUCGCUGCCAAGACCCCAUCGCAAAACCAUCAGUGCCGAAGAGUGGCUGAAGCCAAUGGCUAGAUGCGAAAUAGAUUGGACUGCGGGUAGUUGACCACCCACAUGCCAGUCAGGUUGAUCUUGAGUCAUCAUGAUUUGCACGCCACAUGCAUGCAAUAGCCUUCAAAUCCACCUUCACUCCCUAAUCUCCAUAGUCUUUGCAACCAGGUCACGAAUUUCGCU